AUGUCGUCGUCCCCCUUGAAAGAAACCACAACCUAUUACGAGAAUGAUCAACAGCAAUUGAAUGAGGAAGACCAUAGCGGCGGCAUCUAUUUUAUGGAUCCCAAUGUUGCCAACAACAAUAUGGAUGACUACUACUACGGAGAAGAUGAUGAUCCAUAUGCAUUCUACGACCAAAUACUCAAUCAUGGAGGAGGUGAUGAUGAUGAGAUGUAUGAUAACUUUGAGGAGCAAGAAGCACAGCAUCAAGGAGAACAACAAAGCGCCUAUGAUUAUCAACAAGAUGCCCUGCUUCAUUUAAUAGUUGGUGUGCAAUCCUACUUGUCAGACUUGUCGUGCUCUGGUUUGUCGAAUGAUCAACAAGAUUCUCCGCUCAAUGACCUCCAAUACAAGAUGUAUACCUACCUUAAGCGUCGUGCUCAUGAUAUGGGUGUCAUUGCAGAAAAUCCCGUUUCCAACACGUAG